AUGAGCCACAAGGCCCCCCUCCAAACACGGGCUUCGCAAGACAGUGGAUCGGACCGCCUGCCCAUAGGAGAUAACAACACCCUUGCUUCCCGCAGAUGGCUGCCGGACUCGGAGGUUCCAGGCGAGAUCGCCAACCUGAUUAUGGAAUUGCCAUGGAUUUGUGCUAGAAAAGAUGACCACAUCAAAUCUGAUCUUCUGUGCUCUUUGAUCGAGCUCCCUUCUGUCCGUGAGCCGCUCCUCCGUGAUGAAAAAAACUGGCCUGGUACCCAUCUCAAUAAGCAGAUCGGCAGAUCAAUUGCAAAUGUGGAAUCUGCUGCUAUGCAGGUAGUCGGACGUCUCGUCAGUGUUCCUUGCAAAGCAUGUGUCAUGAGUCUGGGUCCAUGGGCCCGGUGUGUCGUGGUUGACGAGACUGGCAAUAUUAUACGUUCGUGUGCAAACUGCCACUGGCGAAAGCAAGACCGGCGAUGUGACUUUCUGACAGCCAAGAAUUCCAAGUCCUCACUGCAUACACAAGCCACUGCUAAGCCAAGUGACCACGGUAGCCCCGAUACCAGUGAUGUUACAGCAGCCAACUCCGCCGCUCGCUCUCGAAGUAUAGAAUUCGGCACUGAGGAUCCGCAAGCCGCUACUACUACCGCUGAUAUCAUCGAUUCUACUGCAGCCAACUCUACCCCUCGCUCUCAACGUUUAGCACUGCGUACUAAGGAGGCUACAGCCGCUACUAGUGAUCUUACGCCCGCUUCCAGUGACUGUACACCAGCUACCUCUGCCUCUCGCUCUCAACGUGUAGUAGUACGUAUCCCUGGCCGCCGAGCCUCUGGCCACGGAGCCCCUGGUCACCGAGCCCCUGGUCGCCGAGCUCCUGGCCGCCGAGCCUCUGGUAUACGUACCUCUGGCAAACAAGUGCCUGGGAAACUGGCGUCUGGGACUCGCGUUGCUGGCAGUGAAAAAUCCGGCUCUCCACAGACAACCAAUAAGACGUCCGUCGACAAUACCAACCAGUCCAGCGUUCACUCCCAUGAAUCUUCACAAGCCACCGGGUUAUGGAAAGCCAAGGAACAAAGCCUAGCUGAUCAGAACCUAAUUCUCGAAUCCAAAGUCCGAAGGCUUGAGAUGUCAAUGCGGCUUCAUCGCGCCCACUUCGAGAGACUUCGAUCUAACCAAUUCCUCCUUGAAGAAUCAUGUGAUUUACUGCGAGCCGCUGCUAAGACCAAUCCUCGAUUUGUGGAGCUAGAAAUCGAUUCUCUCACCACAAUCUUAAACUGCAACAACUCGACUCUUGUUGCUGACGGAAGAUGCCUGGGUAGCAAUGAUACAAAGGCUUAG